AGGGCUCAAAUAGACUGAAGACUUAACUUUGAUUUAACUUCGUAGAGAGCGCCAGUUGAGCGCGCUAUAGCGUUUUUCAUCAAGUUUUCAUUUUCUAGUAAACUGUCAAUAUGUCGGUCAGCUCCCAAAAGCAUUUAAGUAAUAACGAAAGUAAUAAAAAGAACGACAAAGCACUCAAACCAUUGUUUCCAAAGCAAGCAGAAUGUUCAUAUGUAUCUUGUUAUUGUGAAGAAAAUGUGUGGAAACUGUGUCAAGAUGUAUCAAUAAGGAUACCGGGGGAGUUGGACAGGUGUUAUGUGGUUUUUAUUUCAAACCCUUGUCGUACGGUGCCGUUGUGGAAACAAAGGGCAGGGCGUGAAGAAGAUCGCCUCGUAAUAUGGGAUUAUCAUGUUAUAUUUUUAUACUCAUGGGACUCUAAGACUUGCCUUGUCUAUGAUCUGGAUUCAGAGCUACCAUUCCCAACAUUCUUUCAUAAAUAUGUCACAGAAACUUUCCGCACUGACCAAGUUCUCAAAUCAGACUUUCACAGAUUCUUUCGUGUGGUUCCUGCGAAGCAAUUCUUACAACACUUUGCUUCUGAUCGUCGGCACAUGAAGCGGCCUGAUGGCUCUUGGAUUAAGCCUCCACCACCAUAUCCAGCCAUAUGUACAAGUGUUUCAACUCACAACCUGGAUGAAUACAUCAACAUGGACUUGGGGACAGGUCCUGGCCAAGUAUUCAAUUUGACAGAUUUUGUACAUCGAUUUUACAAAGUUGAAAAGUAGUUGGUGUGAAGUCUAAAAUUUUAGAUAGCCAAUUUUUUUCAGCAA